AUAACAUCUAUUUAAAGCCAAAAAAAAUUUACCUAAAUUCAAAAUUCCUAGUUUAGUUUUGGCCCAUUUGACACAAGUGCGAAUAUAGUAUUAUGCGUAUUUUUGGAAGAAAUAAUAACUUCCUUCAGAUAUCCCGAUGCCUGAGCUACCAUGCACCACUCUUCCGACCGCGUCACCUACUGCUACCGAAGCCGUUGAGUCUGUUGUGCAGAGGUGCCAGCUUGGGAUCCAAUGUGACUCAUCCAGGUCGUGUCCGCGUCCAGAAAUUUUCGGAAAAGGGAAACAAUAUUUUCUCGAUCAGCGAUAAUGUGGACAUGUUACGCAAGCGGAUUAGCUUCUCUGGAACAUCCGGGACUGCACCGAAGAUUCUUCCAAUUGGAUUGAUUACACCGGAAACUGGAGAUGGCAAGGACCUGAAAAUCGUCAUUGUGCCUUUGGAUCUUUCUAGCAUGGAUGCAAACGCCCUCAAGGAUACGCUGGAUACCAUUAACCAGCUUCGCUUGUACGCUAACCAUAUCGAGGCCUUUUCCAGCAGCAUGGUUGAGGAAUACAGUGCAUUAAACGAGGCCCUUCAGGAUGUGGAGUCGGAAGUUCAGUCUCAAGAUCUCACGGCGGAAUCAAAAGCCGAUAAACAUAAAUUCUGGGAGACCUAUUCAUCGUCGUCAACGACAGAUGCAGUGGGAACCACAGCGGAUGCUAACCAAGUUACCAACAUGCCCAUGGAGCGCCAAGCGUCUGUCAGUAGUUGCCUUCAAAACGCUAUGGCAGUUCCCAGCAGUCCAGCAGCUAUCAAGCCUCCUCUAGGAACUGCGAAGUACAUGUCGGCGAUGCCCCAAGCUAAAUCCAUUCAAGAAACUGCUGCAGAACCCAAUCUCCAAGAGUUUUCCGCCCAAGACGCAGACUUCAUUGAAGAGGUGCGAGUGGAUGUGCCGCAGGAUCUGACAAAUCGGCUCAACGAGAUGGCCGUUUCCUCCAUGGAGCUGUCCUUUGAAAUGGACAUGACGAACCUAAAAGAUGCUCUUGAAAACAAGGACACAAAUACUGAAACUGAUCAGGAUCCUAUGAUCUGUAUGCACACCAAGGUGGAACUAGACGCGCCGGGCGCAGUGCAGAAUACGCUUCCGCUUAGGUUUAACGCCUUGAUAUCUGGUGUAGUCCAGAUCGAUCCCCAGAGGCUAAAUCUUGAUCAGCUGACGGACGAAAAGAUGCCCGCCUUCAACGAUGACCUUACAUCGCUGGCUGCCAACCUUUGCAGCACUGCCUUAGAGAAUGGUUUUGCCGGAAACUCGGACACCUCUGACACCUCUGACCCCUAUAUUGCCGAUCUGGAAUUAACCAAGGAUGAAGAAGUCUUUCCAACCAAGAUCAUCGACACGUCCUAUAUGUCACCUGCUAACCAUGUAAACCACAAGAAUCUAGCUAUGCAGAAGAUCGCCGAGGAAGCUUCUAUUGUCCCGGGCACCCAGGAGGUUGAGGUCCCGGUUCCCGUCGACAAGGACGGCUGCAAGCAUCCACCUGUCAAGCCCAAGCGCAAAUGUCCUGGUAAAUGCCCUCUUAUUACAGAUCCAUGCAAGGAGGAUCCCUGUGAACGUCCUGAGAAGAAAAAGGCGCCCAAGAAGAAAGCCUUAAAAACCACAGAAAUCACUUCCAUGGCGAAGGGUGGCGACAAGAAGGAUCCUUGUGCAAAGGAUAAGAAAAAGGAUCCUUGCGCAAAAAAAGACGAUAAGAAAAAGAAGGAUCCUUGUGCUAAAUUUAAGUCUGGAGAGAAGAAAGAUCCUUGCGCCAAGAAGGAUGACAAAAAGAAAGAUCCCUGUGCCAAGAAAAAGGACCCUUGUGCCAAGAAGAAGAAGGAUCCCUGUGCCAAGAAGGAUGACAAAAAGAAGGACCCCUGUGCCAAGAAAAAAGAUCCCUGUGCCAAGAAGGAUGAUAAGAAAAAGAAGGAUCCCUGUGCCAAGAAAAAGGAUCCCUGUGCCAAGAAGGAUGAUAAGAAAAAGAAGGAUCCAUGUGCCAAAUUUAAGAAGGGAGGCAAGGAUGGUAAGGACAAGUGUGCCAAAAAGAAAGACCCUUGCGCCAAGAAAGAUGAUAAGAAAAAGAAGGAUCCCUGUGCCAAGAAGGAUGAUAAGAAAAAGAAGGAUCCUUGCGCCAAGUUCAAGAAGGGAGGUAAGGAUGGCAAGGAUAAAUGCAAAUUCUCUACCUUUUCUAGGCGUGGAGACCCAAGCAAGCGUUACUUGUCUACUGCCUUAAACCAAAUCAUCCGAGAAUCUGAUUCUGUUCCGCGUGGUCCCCGUUUCCAAGUCUAUUCCACUCUGGUGCGCCGUCACUACCGCGCCCCCGCUUUAAAGACCUACAACUCCUGCCAGUGCUCCCUUUGCAAGGGUCGCUUGAUUCACAAGGCAGUUGCUCCUGCUCGUUUUACAAUCAACAGAAGCCUCCUACGACGACGCUUUGGUGGUCUUGGAAGAAAGAUCUCCCCCGGAGCUCUUACCAAUUACAACAAUAGGGGCAAAAAAAGCAAGUCCGGCGGCAAGUGCGGCCAAAUGGCAACCAAAUAUCCUAAAAACCGGGGAAAGGACAUUAAGGAGCGAACUGGGCUGCGAGAUGAUUGCUUCGGUGACGAUGAAGGCCAAUGUUCAGUCAAGAGCUGCACUGGAAAAUGCGCCAAGGUCAAGUUCCCAAAGAAAAAAUGCGAACGGAAAGAAAAAAAGGACGAUGGCAGAAUAGGCAAUCUCUUAGCUGGGAAUAACUUUGCCAGCCUUCACCAGCAUUUAAGAUCUUACAGCACUAAAAUGAGUUGCCAACAAUCCGAGUCACUAAUAUCGGACGAAGAAACAAUUCCUAAUGAUCAAGCUUAUGCUUUGCGUAUUUCGAAUUCCUACGAGGUCAAAGUGGUUCCCGUUUCCAGACCUCGACCAAAGGAUUUCGACGUCCUUAUUCGAACGGGUUCUGUGGCCAUUUCGAACUCAGACAUCCAUGUCUAUGAGAAUGGGAAUCGCGAUAUAGAAGCCAUGUCCCUGGGCCACGAUGCUACGGGAUUCGUGGAGGAAGUCGGCCGGUGCGUCCAUCAUCUGCACAUGGGUGAUCGCGUCGUCAUGGAAUCUGCUUUAUCCUGCGGCAUUUGCGACUUAUGCAAGCAGGGCGUAUACAACAUGUGCUCCGGAUUGGUGUAUAAUGGCUUUCUAAGCACCUACCAAACUCAUCCGGCUGACCUUUGUCACCGGCUUCCCCCAUCCAUCAGCAUGCAGGAGGGUACCUUAACCCAAACUCUAGCCCUAGGAUGUCAGGCGUGCUUUAAGGGCAAUAUCACGCCAACCAGCAAUGUUCUCAUCCUAGGGUGCUGUCCAACGGCAGUAGCGGCUGGCCUAUGCGCCAAAGCUAUUGGUGCUAAACGUGUGGCGAUUGCUGGAUGUCUGGCUCCAGCUCUGGAUGUUAUUGCUCGGGACUUUGGUUUCCAAGCCGUUGAAUUCGACAGUAAUGCCCUGUUCGGAGAGGUUCUUGAAGCCAUCUACAACAAGUUUCGAGACUGGCCAGAUUGCGUUAUAAACUGCUCCAUUUCGGCGAUGACAAUGAAUCUGGCGGUCAUGGCGUUACGUCCUUGUGGGAUAUGUGUGCUGGCUGAGUGCGAUUCGGAGUGUGCCAGCUUUAAUGCUCUUGACGUCCUUAUGAAAAACAUCCGCCUUGUGCCCAGCUUUCGAUCUGCCAAUAUGUAUCCUACUGCACUCCAACUAAUGGAAUCUGGUCGAGCAAUCAUGCACAAGUUCAUAACAGCCACAUAUCCCUUAAGCCAGGCGGAGGAAGCUUUUAGAAAUGCGCAGCACGAGUCCAAUAUUGGACUGGGAAAGGUAAUUGUUAACUGUGCGGAAGAAGUAGACAUCGAGGAUCAUUUGAAGAGAAAUUCAAAACCGGCAUCCUAAAAAAUUAUAGUCGUAAAAGCUGUGUAAAAGAUGGCAUUGAAGAAUCUAAUAUGACCCUGUGUUUUCGCUUUUAAAUUGGGAAUUAAAAUAAAACAAUAAUUAUUAAGUAUUGCAACAAAAA